AUGAAAUUCCUCGUGAUCUUCGCUGUCGCACUCGCUUGCGCGCACGCCGUGAACUUGCCAUACAUCAUCUCCAGUCCAAAUGAUUCCAGCGAGGAAGAAUAUCGCGUCAUUGUGCCGGUCAAGGGCGAAACCGACGACGUCGAUUCGGUGAAAGUGAAAGUGCCACGUUUGCUCACUCCUGAUGUCAAGCAACAAAUUAUCAAACAAACUUUAGCUGCACGCGGUUAUGGGUCAAUUUUGUCCCAAACUACCGGUGCUCCGUUAUGA